AUGACUGCACAGUUAAGGGCCUCUUACCUUGUUCCUCUUCUGCUAGUCAGCUUUACACAGACAAAUGCCAAGCCUGAGAAGAUGAAGAUGGAUUGCUACAAAGAUGUGAAAGGCACAAUCUAUGACUAUGAAGCCCUCACUCUGAAUGGAAAGGAGCACAUUCAGUUCAAGCAGUACGCCGGCAAGCCCGUCCUCUUUGUCAACGUGGCCACCUACUGUGGCCUGACAGCUCAGUAUCCUGAACUGAAUGCACUUCAGGAGGAGCUGAAGCCCUUGGGCCUGGUCGUGUUGGGCUUUCCCUGCAACCAGUUCGGAAAGCAGGAACCAGGAGAGAACUCAGAGAUUCUUCCGGGGCUGAAGUAUGUCCGUCCAGGGAGAGGAUACAUACCCAACUUCCAGCUCUUUGAGAAAGGGGACGUGAAUGGCGAGAAGGAACAGAAGGUCUUCACCUUCUUGAAGCUCUCCUGCCCUCACCCCUCUGAGGUUCUGGGCUUAUUCAGACAUAUAUCCUGGGAUCCCGUAAAGGUCCACGACAUCCGCUGGAACUUUGAGAAGUUCCUGGUGGGGCCUGAUGGAGUCCCUGUCAUGCGCUGGUUCCACCGGACUCCCAUCAGCACGGUCAAGUCAGACAUCCUGGAGUACCUGAAACAGUUCAAAAGUAAAUAG